AUGCGCGUGGGUGUCUGUAAUGCUCCCUACUCAAAUGCCGUAAAAUACGCCUUCCAGCGACGAGGGCAGCCACUACUGCGCCUUCGCACGUUUCAUUCAUCCGCCAGCCAUGGCUUGGUCAGGAUACCCCAAUCCGAUGGUCAAGAUGUUCUUCCUCCCCCAAAUCCGCAUGCCCGAGAGAUAGCCAUUCUGGGUGGAGGGUUCACGGGCCUCGCUACAGCCUUCCACUUGAGCAACCAGCUUCCCAAUGCAAAAAUUACAAUACUUGAGAAGAAUGACAGGUUAGGCGGAUGGGUUGAUUCGGAGGUGGUUCCAGUGGACAAGGGGGAAGUCCUUUUUGAAUGGGGUCCACGAACAUUAAGAGCUGGGUUGGGACCUGCGCCCCUUGCUAUGCUUGAGCUGCUUGCACAACUUCACAUAGGUAAAGACCUCGUCGCGAUAUCAAAGUCUAGCCCGGCUGCGCUCAACCGCUACAUCUACUAUCCCGACCACCUCGUUCGCUUGCCUGUCCUGUCAAAACACACUUCACUCUUGGAGUUGCUCCGGGUUCUGAAUGCGGUACUUACCGAACCGCUAUACGAAGGAAUUCUGAAAUGUUUCAGAGAGCCGUGGGUGGCUCCCCGGGAUGAAGAUGUGAAGGACGAAUCUGUUGGAGAUUUCGUAUCGCGACGGUUUGCCAGGGAAAUCGCAGAUAACUUACUUUCGGCUGUAUGUCAUGGGAUUUUCGCCGGCGACAUCUACAAGCUUAGCGCCAGGACUUUGCUGCCGCAAUUGUGGCACCUUGAGACCCGUGACCGAGAAAGAACGCCUGGGGUCCUUCUGGAAAUCUUGUCCAACAUGGUGAACCGCGUUACUCUCACGCCUGUCAAUGUUGCUCUGCAUGUGCACCGGCAGAUUCUCGCGCUCCAGUCCCGAGAGACUUAUUUCAAAAGAGUGCCGAACUUGGACAGCUUCGCCGAAGUAAGUGUUUAUACGUUUCGGCGAGGCUUGGGCCAGAUAACCUCUGCGUUGGAACAAGAGCUUAGCAAGAACAAGAACAUCACCAUCUUGCGCUCGGCGGAAGUCAAGGAUGUCGAAUUCAACGACAACAAAAAUCAAGUGUCGGUCACGCAAAUGCCAGCUGGAACCACCUCAAACUAUGAUUAUGUGGUUUCCACGCUGGGUCCUCGAACACUGAAACAGUUUCUCACCAGCGGUGCUCAAGCGUCGGGCUCAACGCUGGAUCCCAAGGUCGCAAAGGCCUGUGAACACAGCGACUGCUCCGUCAAUGUCAUGGUUAUCAAUCUCUACUACAACAAUCCAGACUUGCUGCCGCCCUCACUGAGAGGUUUUGGCUAUCUUAUUCCGCGCUCCGUGCCACUCGAACAGAAUCCUGAACGAGCACUGGGCGUCUUAUUUAGCUCCGAAACAUCGGGUCGGUCUGAUGCAGCUGCCUCUCCUGCUGAUGGCUCUUACUUUGAGUCUAUUGACAGCGACCCCGGCAGCCCACUGGAUCCGGAUCCACCACAUGGUGAAUCAGGCCCUGUCUUGCAGGACACCGCACCAGGCACGAAGCUGACGGUCAUGAUGGGUGGACAUUGGUGGAGUGAAUGGGCACCAAGCGACCUUCCUACUGAACAACAAGCAAUCGAAAUGGCGCAGACUCUAUUGAGAAGACACCUCAACAUCAAGGAAUCUCCGGCCGUGGCCAAAGCGCGGCUCAAUCGCAACUGUAUACCACAGUAUCCUGUUGGCUAUGCUCAGGACAUGGCCACCAUUCAUGAAGCAAUAACGUCCACCUUCCACGGACGGCUAAAACUCGCAGGUCCCUGGUGGCGAGGCGCUCCGGGAAUGAGUGACUGCGUCCUUUCUGCUCGCGAAUCAGCUUGGGCGAUUCGCGAUAAAGAGGACGAAUACACAGGGGUGCAGGAGUACACGCACGAGGCAUGGGCCAGGACUCAUGUCCCCACCAAAACAACCUCUACUGAGCGCAUGUGGUGA